UAAAAAUUGCAGAUUUUGGGGUGAGUAAGAUCAUGGCGGGGAGUGGGUGUACGUGGGAGACAUGUAUGGGGACAUGUGCGUAUAUGAGUCCUGAGAGGGUGGAUCCUGAAAGAUGGAGUGAUGGAUCGAGCAACAGUAAUGCAGGGUUUGCAGGGGAUGUUUGGUCGCUGGGGGUGGUGGUGUUGGAAUGUAUGGUGGGUCAUUAUCCAUUGAUUAGGGUUGGGGAGAAGCCCGACUGGGCUGCUUUGGCUUACUCUAUAUGCUUCGAGGACAGGGUGGAGAUGCCGGAGAAAGCUUCUGUUGAGUUUGGAAAUUUUGUCAGGGUAUGUUUGGAGAAGGAUUGGAGGAAGAGAGCCACUGUAGAUGACCUUCUUCUUCAUCCUUUUCUCAAAAACAGUUGUGAGAAGCGCAGCAGAUCAGUAUUAGCUCUUAAUAAAACCAUCACUCUGGAUAAUAGAAGAUAGAGUUCAUACAGAUAUAUAUAUAUAUAUACUCUAUAGUUCUUGCUAUUCUAAUUUUCUAAGAAACAUUUUGGGAUCAUCAUGUUGCGGUUUGAUUUGAAUUUUACUGCAAUUGUUUUCUUCUUGUCUUUUCCAGGAUGUUGAU